AUGCCGCCCUCCCACAUCGCUGUUCUUGGUGGCGGUCUAACGGGUCUCUCUUCUGCCUUCCAUCUCUCCAGACGAUUCCCUUCAUCUGUCGUCACUGUUGUCGAUAGAAACAAGAAGCUGGGCGGCUGGGCAGCUAACACUGAACGUGUUAAACUUCCAAGUGGUGGUUCGGUUGUCCUCGAAGGGGGGCCUCGGACUCUGCGACCUAAUUCGUAUGCGGUACUCGAGCUGAUCCACCUGCUUGGCCUUUCAGACGCGGUCAUAACCACACCAAAAUCUUCCCCGGCAGCGAAGAACCGUUAUCUUCAUGUACCCGGGACACCAGGGAUAUACCGCAUACCGGGCCCAAGCCUGUCCUAUCUCUGGUCUGAGCUCCGGUUUUUCAUUACGCCUGGGGUCAUUGCCGACCUUUUCCGCGGCUGGAACCGUCCUCCUGACAUCGUGGACGAAAGCUUCGAAAGCUUUUUAGAACGGAGGGGACAUCCAGACACCGCGCGAGUGCUGGGCAGUGCGCUGGUCCAUGGUAUAUAUGCAGCGGACGCGAGAAAACUGAGCGUGCGAGCAGCCUUCCCGAUGCUUUGGGAGUACGAAGAGCGAGGGAAUGGGCGUGUUCUCUGGGGUAUAUUGCGUAAGGAGAAGGAGGAAGAACGACUAAAGCUGGAGCAAACAUUGGCUCGCUACGAGCUGGGCGACAUGAGAAAGACAAUGGAGGGCGUAUCGGUAUACUCAUUCCGUGAUGGGAUGGGUACCCUCGUGGAAGCUCUCGUGAAGAGUCUCAAGACGCGACCUAAUGUACGCAUAUUGGACAAUACCGAAGUAACUGCAGUCGUCCCUGAAAGCGAGAGAUUUGAGAUAACCACAAACACAACAAACCCGCUCUACCCCUCGCAUGUCGUCUCGGCAUUGCCCCUCCCCGCCUUGAAGGUUUUACUUCCCGACCUUCCACAUCUCACGGCCAACCCAACUUCCUCCGUGACCGCCAUCAAUCUUGUCUUCCCGGUUCCACCAGGAAAACUCUUUCCUCGCGGCUUUGGCUACCUCGUGUGUCGCCCUGCACAUGACUACCUUGCCGACGACGCUGGCAUUCUUGGUGUCACCUUUGACAGCGAGUCGCUCGCCGCGCAAGACGACCUUCCCCCCAACGAGCAGCUCACCAAAGUGACGGUGAUGCUGGGCGGCCCGCACAACGCCUACCAGAAAAUCGACACCGCGCUGCCAGUCGUCUUGGCGCACUUGCGCUACCAUCUCAACCGGAGACAGCCGUUACCGCCGCCGAUUCUCGCCAAGGUCUGGGAUCACCGGAACUGCAUCCCGACGCCCACACCGGGACAUCUGCAGCGGAUGGAGGAGCUGAAAGCGGCUCUUGUGGCGGAGGAUGCGCCGUGGGGUGGUCGGUUAGAGGUGGUUGGUGCUGGUGUUAAAGGUGUUAGUUUGGGUGACUGUGUUGAGAGCGGAAGGCUUGUUGGCCGUGAAUGGUAA